AAAUCAAAUUUUCAUAACGUUCAUCUCAGUCCCUUCUGUACUACAGCUGCAAAAACACUCUUCUUCUUCCCUCUUCUUCCAACAUUUGAAUCUCUCUCUCUCUCUCUCUCUCUCUCUCUCUCUCUCGCCUCUCUACCAUGAACAUGAGGAAAAAGAGCAACAACAACAAACUAGAUAAUGGUUUCUUUGGAACCUUCUCUUCCUCUUCCAUCAAAAAUCUUCUUCCAAUUUCUUCCUUCCGCACCAAACCCAUUUCUUCAAACAUUGAAAACACUCCUCCAACCCAUCCAAACAUACCCAUCAUUCAUCAUCAAAUGCAAUCACAACCCAAAUCCCCAUUUUCUAACAACAACCCAAAUAUCAAGGUUGUGGUGAGAAUUAGACCUGAAAAUAUAAAUGGAAAUGAGGAGGAUUGCAUAGUUAAGAAGGUUUCUUCUGAUGCUUUGUGUGUUGGGGAUAAACAUUUCAAAUUUGAUGAGGUUUUUUAUGCUAACUCCAAUCAGGAAGAUAUUUUUCAGUCAGUGGGUGUUCCCUUGGUUAAAGAUACUUUAGCUGGCUACAACACUUCAAUUCUGUCAUAUGGCCAGUCUGGAAGUGGAAAAACUUAUACAAUGUGGGGUUUGCCGAGUGCGAUUGUUGAGGAGUCCUCAAGCCAUAGUCACCAGGGAAUUGUUCCUCGGAUCUUCCGAAUGCUAUUUUCUGAGCUUGAAAAAGAGAGACUGAUGUCUGACCAGAAACAGUUCAGCUAUAAAUGUCGUUGUUCUUUUCUUGAGGUAUACAAUGAUCAAAUCGGGAACUUACUCAAUCCAAACCAGAAGAACCUUGAGAUGAAGGAUGGUUCCAAAAAUGCACCAUAUAUUGAGAAUCUGAUUGAGGAAUAUGUCACAUGCUAUGAUGAUGUGGCGCAAAUUCUGAUUAAGGGCCUUUCAAGCCGAAAAAUCGGAGCAACAACCUUAAAUUCUAACAGUUCUAGAUCACACAUCAUUUUCACUUUUGUCAUUGAGUCUUUGUGUAAGGGGACCACAAAGGAUUUCAAUAGUUUGAAAGCUAGCAGAAUCAGCCUUAUCGAUCUUGCCGGACUAGAUAGGGAUAGUGUUGAUGACGGAAGCAGCCAAUGUAUAUGGGAAAGCAACCAAGUAAAGAAGUCAUUAUCUCAGCUUGGGCAUUUAGUGGAUGCUCUUACUGACAAAUCUCAGUCUGGAGAGAAUGAAGACACUCCACACAGUAACUCCUGUUUAACUCAAUUGCUACAAGAAUCACUUGGUGGAAAUGCCAAACUCUCAGUAAUAUGUUCCAUCUCCCCUGAUAGCAGUAGCAAUGAUGAAACACUCAGCACACUCAGAUUUGGGGAGCAAGUAAGAUCCAUUAGAAACAAGCCAAUUAUUAAUGUACUAAAGGAGGCCAACGAUUUGAGUGGUAAAAUCCGGCACUUGAAGGAGGAACUCAUUAGAGCAAAGUCUGAUGAUGCUCGUAGCUUAGUUGGGAGCAAAAAUGGAUGCUUCCAAGGACAUAAUGUGCAAGAAAGCCUUAAUCAGUUGAGAGUCAGCUUAAACCGUUCUCUACUCCUAUCUAACUUGGACAACAAUACUGAUGAAAUUGUAAAGAUCAAUGAAGAUGACAUAAGGCUACUACGGCGUCAAAUUGAUGAAUUAGAUAGUUCAUGUGAAGGGAAUCCAAAAGACAUAUCUGUCAGUGAAGAUUGUGUCCAGUUCUACUCUGUUGAGGAAAAUUGCGGUGCAGAGACAAGCAUAGGUGAGGAAAAUUCUGUUGGUGAUAGCAUUUCAGUCAUUUCAUGCAGAGAAUCUCGAAUACUUGACGGACCACAGCUGUCUGAGUCUCCAAAAUUCAGCAAUUCCCAAAGGAAAAGUGUGGCUUUUUCAUCCAGUUAUCUAGGAAGUAAGAGCAAUUUUGAUGAGAGUUCAACUUUUGGGAAUGGUAUUUUAGGAAAAUCGUUUAAACAGGGCGAGCGUAUGCGAACUUCAUUACAGUCAAGCAAAGUUGAUUACUUGGCAGAAAGCCUUCAGAGGGGAUUACAGAUAAUUGACUAUCACCAACAGAACUCAGCAUUGAACAAAUCUUCAACUUCCUUCUCCUUUGGCCGCUUAACUUUGACACCUUGUCCAGAAAUCGACAAGGUUAAACCUUAUGAUCAAACAAUACAACAGAAAAUAUCUAAUGAUGAAGUAACCUCCACAUUCCUUUGUGCAUCUUGUCAUACAGAUUUGACAGAUAAAGUUCCAAAACAUUUGGAAAAUGUAAUGGCAAAAGGCGACUUGAGACAGAAGGAGCUCGAGAAUGUUUGUAAGGAGCAAGCAGCUAGAAUUGAGCAACUAAAUCAAUUGGUGGAGAAAUUGAAAGGAGAGAAAAAUAUGAACUCCAUUUCUGUGUAUGGUCAGUGUGAAGAAUAUAACUCCCUGAUGAAUGAAAACAAGCUUUUGAAUAGAACUUUCUCAAAUGGUCAUUCACCAUAUUUUAUAGAGGAAAGAUGUGAAAUUAAAGAAGGCCAAGAAGAGUUAGCUCAGAGAGACAUCUUUUUUGAUUUAACUGAGAAGGAAUCGCUUCUUCAAGAAAUUCGGAGUCUACGAUCAAAACUGCAAUUACACAGUGAUGUACCAGUCAAAAUGUCGACAGACAAACUUAGAUCUUCUUUAAUGUCAAGAUCCAUACAUUGGCAAAAAAGUGGUGUAGUUUCUCAUGAUAAUAGGAAUGAGGAGCUGGAAAAUGAAAGACAGAGAUGGACAGAAAUGGAAAGUGAUUGGAUUUGUCUUACCGACGAACUUAGAGCUGACCUCGAAUCAUACCGCCAGCGUGCAGAGAAAUUGGAAACUGAACUGAAGUUAGAGAAGAAAGGCACAGAAGAGAUGGAUGAUGCACUAAAAAGAGCUGUUACCGGGCAUGCUAGAAUGGUGGAACACUAUACUGAUCUUCAAGAAAAAUAUGAUGACUUGGUUGCUAAGCAUGAAGCUAUAAUGGAAGGGAUAGCAGAGGUGAAGAAGGCAGUGACAAAAGCCUCGAGAAAAGGUCAAGCGCGCUUUGCCAAGUCUCUUUCGGCCGAGCUUUCUGCGUUGAGGUUGGAGAGGGAAAGGGAGUCAAAGUUAUUGAAAAAGGAAAACCAGAGUUUGAAAGUUCAACUUCGAGACACUGCUGAAGCUGUUCAGGCAGCCGGAGAACUACUUGUUCGACUAAGAGAAGCUGAACAUGCAGCAUCUGUUGCAGAGGAGAACUUUGCAAAUGUCCAACAAGAUAAUGAAGAGUUAAAAAUGCAAGUGGAGAAGCUGAACAGAAAACACAAGACAGAGAUUAAUACCAUGAAGCAGUACCUUACAGAGAGCAAAUUGCCAGAGUCUGCAUUGAAGCCACUAUAUCAAGAGGAUUCCUAUACAACACACAAUAAUACAACUUCUUCCUACGCUUAUGAUGAUCAGGCAUGGAGAGCCGAAUUCGGAGCAAUAUAUCAGGAGCAUUACUAAUUCAAGUUGUACAAUUAAUCAUACUGCAACCAUCAGUUUGUCUUGAAGUGGAUCCUACUCGGAUCGGAAGGCGUCUGUAGAAGCAAUUCAUAUACAGUUUUUGAAGUUGUGAUCCAUAAAUCAACACUUGGUUAAUGGGAAGUAUAAUUCUUUGUGAGCUUGUACUAAUAAUAGAUUUAUAUAGCAGUACACCAUUGAAUUCUUGUCUUUACCCCUGGGAUUUUCUUUUGGGUAAGUAAAGCUCGUAGUGCUUUCUUCUUAGAAAUCCUACAAGAUGUGAAAUGAACGGUCUGAUUUUUUUUUUCUUUUCAAA